UCUGCGCAGUGAGUUGGACGUGUUUCUCGUGUCAGUGUUGAUAGUCCGCGUGCGCGGGGGCGGCUGGACCGGUCGCACGACCCGCCGACCUUACGUACCGUUCACUCACGCACCUCUCGUGCUAAAACGAAGUGCAUCAAAAAAUACACACACCAAAGGAUUGUUUCACAUCGCCCGUUUUGGAUAGAUGCAUCUGAUUUUCAACUUUGGAAACUGCAUUCGAGACAUCUUGAGACAUGUUGGCAAAGAAGGCCAUUCCGCGUGGCGGGCGCGGGCCCCAGCAUGCCACCGAUGCGUGCAGGUAGCAUGGAGCCGCUGCCGCCCGCGCACACGCCCAUCUACGAACACAAGAAGCACCGCCUGUCCCGCCUCCUCGAUAAGCUGGCCGUGCAGCUCAACAACAAUAACAACUACCCCACGCCCUCCUGGCUCGUCCACGACACGCCGCAGACCGACGAAGCCCCCUUAGACCUCAGCGUGAAGUCGCCUCGUGAGACCACAGGUAAUUUCACGUGCCACGCGUGCGGCCAGGAGUUCUCUAUCUACGACCGGCUGGUGAAGCACAUCGCGUCCCGGCACCGCAGCAAGCCGGAGGGCGUGCGCGCCUACGAGUGCGAGGUAUGCUUCCGCAAGUUCGCCCGGUCGGACAUGCUGACCCGGCACGCGCGCCUGCACAGCGGCGUCAAGCCCUACUCGUGCGCCUCGUGCGGACAGGUGUUCUCGCGCUCCGACCACUUGGCCACGCACCAGCGCACGCACACGGGAGAGAAGCCCUACCGCUGCCCAUCGUGCCCGUACGCCGCGUGCCGCCGCGACAUGAUCACGCGUCACAUGCGCACGCAUCUGCGACGUCCGCAGCCCGCCUGAAUCCAACACCCCUGAAUUUAACACAUUAUUUGAGACUGAUUUUUUCAUUCCAAAGUUAAACUAUUGUUUUAAUUGGUGUUUUGUUAUUAAGCCCGCCAGAUGUGAGUUGAUUCGGUAAGACAUAUCUCAUUGCUGCGCAGAGUUGAGUCGACUGCGAUUGUGUGUUGCCAGUUUGCGAUUUUGUUGUUAUAUGCCGCAGCGAUGUCAAAUGAAUCUGCUAAGCGCAAUGCGAUGUGUCGAUCCUUAUAUCUUUGUAAUGUAUCUCGCAUUCUUGUUAUUUAGUUUUGUUUCUUACGGAGAUGAUUGGAAAGUCUAUGUGUUUCACUAUCCUUUUGUAAAAUAUAUUUAAAUUUUAGUUCUGUGCCAUUGAAACAUCGCUUUGUAAUAAUUGCGUUGUUAAUAUUUAUCGUUUAGAUUAAAUCUUGUUACGCAGAAUGUCGAAUUAAAAUGAAAAGGGAAAAAAGAAAACGAAAAGGUGACUCUUCACGGGUCUUUUUGGAAAGAUAUUAUUGCAACAUUUUGUUUUUAAUUCGUUAGAAAAAAACCUCUUACAAAUAGUUGUAAGACGUGUCCUAGUUUUUCCAUAAACAUUUUUCUAUUAUUAAGCUUCUGCUAUACUAAGUUAAAGUUUCAUCUUAGUUAUAAGAUUGUUAUAGACGUCUCGUUCUGAUUAGUGUUAAAUUAUAAAGUAAUUUAAAUAUAAACAUAUUUAAAUUUCAGACUGUAGGUAUUUUAAGGGCCCAGUGAAAAGGUAAAUAAUUUUUGAUUAGUUUUUAGCCACGUAAUAGGCACCUUCCGUAAUGUCAAUUAUUGUGAAAAUCAUAUAUCCUGCCUGUUUGUCGUAAUAACUAUCAAAAGUGCAUAGGGAGUGUUUUCCUACAUAUCUCCGUUAUAAUAUUAGAUAGUUGAAUAUACGUACUUACUUACAAUUUUUCGAAAAAUAUACAAUACCUACCUAAGUAUUUGAAAAUUUAAGAAUUUCAUUUUGUAAAGCACUUAUAUAAUACCAUUAAUUCAAAGUGAUUCGUAAUAAGAGUUACAAAUGUUUAUAAAAUAGUUAAGCAGCCAUUUUGAUUUUCAAACGUACGUUACAUCGAUGUUGUCAUUUCUAAAAUGUUAUAUGAAUCAAAAUUAUUGAUAAGGUUUUGCUUUUUUAUUUUGUGUAAAUAGCGUUCGUGUAUUUAAUACACGUAGGAAUAAGUAGAUAUUUAAGUAUUUAAUUUUCAUAAUGGUGUAAUUUGUCUAAGUUAGGUAAUUUCAACGUACCUACUUACUUUAUGUAUUAUGACUUGUUGCUUGGUUAAUCCUAUGCAAUACGAGAACCCUUGUUCUUAUAGGUAUUUAAUAUUUUACUUAUCAUUCAAGACAUUAAUUCAAUUAAUUAUUUUUUCCGUAUGCACUCUUUCGAAUUCCCUAUCGAUCAAAUUAUUAUCUUUUUUUUCUCCUAAUUCAUGACAUUAAGUAUUAUUUAUCUAUAGGUAUAUUUUAAUGUUUAAUUUCCUAUUUUAUUUUGUGUUCUUUAUUUAUUUCGUGCUUAUAAGUGCUAGUCACUUCUGCUACAUCAAUUGACUACUUUUCUAAUUUACAUAAUAGUAUUUAAGAUAUUUAUAAGAAAAUUCUUCAAAUGAGAUGUGAUUCUCGAAGUUUAAAAGUACAAAAAAGGCAAUUUUUAAAUAGUAGGUAUUUUUACAGGUUUGGUACUUACCUAGUGUAUUCUUCACCCUCCAUAGACUAAGCUAUAGAUGCUCGUUUCUGGAGUAGAUUAACUUAGGUCACAAGUAUAAUAAUGGCUGGGAAUCGAAUUCAAGACAUUUUUCUUACUUUGAUAGAAGUCGUUUAUCGUUGUUUUCUCUUCAAAUGCUCUGGAUGACGUAAAAUCAGCACCUUACUAUUAUAUUGGUGUGUUGCAAACGUCUGUUAAUUAUUUCACAUACCUAAUCUUGUUUUCCUUGUGUGGUUGUUUUUUCUCGCUAUGCAUUUGUUUUCAUAGUUAAGGCAAUAUUUGGACGCUUACUCCUAUUAAAGUUUUUUUACUUCAAUGUAAAGGUACGCCUCAGUGUGCAAACAUUACUAAAGUUAAGUUUAGUUUGUAGUCAUGACUCUGCUUUCCUUAAAAGGAAUUAAAAUAACGGUUUUUUGAAGACUUUGAGUUAUUUUGUAUUUUAUUGUAUCGAUAUUUAAGGUAAGGGUUUUUAGGUAAGGGUGACAAAAUAUAAGUCUAAAAGGUACUGGUGUUUAUGGCCGUUUAAAAUUAUCUAGAUUCUAAGCUGAGGAGGGGACGGUGCAAUUCAUCCUCUUUAGAUAGGUAGGUACAUUUAUUCUCUCCUUCGCUUUGGAAUCUAGGUCUCAAAAUAAAACAACAGUCCUGAAGCCUGCUAAUAUUCUCGAAAAGGGUUGGAUGAUCUAUAAGUUUCCAAUAAUGAUCAAUCACUGAUUACUAGAUUAAUUUAGAAUCGAUAGCAAGUUAAAGCAGGUAUGAUUUUUUCCAUCACAAUUUAUUUUAAACCAGUACCUACCCCCUACACAUACUAAGUAAUUAAACUUGCGAUAGUAAACACGCUGAUUUUUUAAGUUUUUAUUUUUAUUAAAUACUACUUCACUGUUGUUUUUUUCUGAUUACGAUUGGUGCACAAGAAACUAAAAGGAACUCAGAGCAGUCUGAAAACAAAACACUGUUAUGAGUUUCUGUACCUACUUACCUUGUUAAUAAUUUAUUUAUAGUCGGUAAAAGGAGUUAGCGUGUAUACUAAAUUGUUGUUGUAAGUAUUGAAUAAUUAAAAAUAAGUUUUACUGUGAUAAAAAAAUAUUUUUUGUUUUCAAACUGCUGUGUUUGGCAAUAUUUAUUGUCGGAUGAUUUAAAAAAUAAAUGGAUGUAAAAA